GGCGGCCGGACUGCACCGAGACUACAGCGACGAAGAGGCCAGGCCAAGCCAUUCUGAAGAGGACCGCACGUCGCCACCUCAAGCGCGGUUCGCACGAUGAGGGCCAUGAACUUGUACAUGCCCUCGUACAGCAGCUUUGGACAACCAGAGAUAAACAUGACUUGACUUGUGCGACUCUGCAUCUCGUUUUACUCUCCACGGCUACUGCUCAAGCAUCCCUGCCAACGCACAGAUGGGUGAGAGAUGUCCAGCACCAUGGCCGAACACCAAGCGGCUUACAAUAGCCGCAUCGAGGAGCUCCGUUCCAAGGAGUUUCCCAUGAUUCAAGGCGAUGUCUAUCUCGACCAUGCCGGGACCACUCUUUACCCCAAGUCGCUUAUGGACUGCUUUGUGGCGGACAUGACGACAAAUCUGUACGGAAAUCCGCAUUCGGCUUCCAUAUCAUCGCAAAGGUCUACAACCAGAAUCGACGACAUCCGCCUUGCCGCAUUGCGCUUCUUUUCUGCAGACCCUGCCGAUUUUGACCUGGUUUUUGUGGCAAAUGCCACGGCUGGGAUCAAGUUGGUUGCUGACGCCUUCCGGGCUGCACCAGAGGGUUUCCACUUCCUUUAUCACCAGGCCAGUCAUACAAGUGUAGUUGGAGUACGUGAAGAGGCGAAGACGAGUCGAUGUCUUUCGAACCAUGAGGCAACCACAUGGGUGAGCGGGACAAGUUCGCAGAAUGAAGCUGGACAGGGAGUGCCCACGCUCUUUGCAUACCCGGCACAGUCGAACAUGGACGGCCAGAAGUUCCCACUUGAUUGGUCUACCAAAGCAAGACAGGUCGGCCGAGAAGCCGGUGGUCAGGUUUUCACCUUGUUGGAUGCUGCGGCUCUGGUAGCCACAUCUCCUCUCGACCUAGCGAACGUUGAUGCAGCCCCUGACUUUUUGGUGCUCAGCUUCAACAAGGUCUUCGGGUUUCCAAACCUCGGCGCGCUCAUCAUACGCCGACAGGCAUAUCCGUGCUUCCAGCACCGAAAAUAUUUCGGUGGUGGAACAGUUGAUAUGGUGCUAAGCAUCGGCGAGCAAUGGCACAGCGUCAAGUCAACAAGACCCCACGAGGCUUUGGAGGAUGGGACACUGCCUCUGCAUAACAUCUUGGCACUCGGCCAUGCUGUAAGGUUACAUCGCGAAUUGUUCGGUCCCAUGCAAGAAGUGGCGGCACAUACGAUGUUCCUGCGUCAGCACUUGUCGUCAAGGCUCUGUGCGUUACACCAUACUGGCAGCGGACUUCCAGUCUGCACAAUGUAUUCUGGCGAAGAUCCCGGCGAUGGUACUUACCACGGACCAACACUUGCCUUCAACAUCCGAGAUGCGACAGGAGCCUGGGUCAGUACAGCAGAAUUCGAGAAGCUAGCGGUCCUAAAACAUUUCCAUAUCCGCACCGGUGGUCUCUGCAACCCUGGCGGUAUUGCUGCAGCGUUACAGCUCCAGCCAUGGGAGCUCAAACAGAACUUCUCAGAGGGCUUCCGCUGCGACAAUGGCAAUGACAUCAUGAAGGGAAAGCCGACUGGUGUCAUUCGAGUCAGUCUCGGCGCCAUGAGCACAAUCUCAGACGUCGACCGUUUCGCGGAUUUUGUUGAAGAGUUCUACGCAACAAGCAGUGACACGAUUACACCGGGUUUAAGUGCUGCGACGCCCAAACUCUCGGGCCUAUAUGUCGACCAUUUAGUAGUGUACCCCAUCAAAAGCUGUGGAGGUUUCCGUGUUUCAGCAGAGACAACAUGGGAGGUCAGACGAGAAGGGCUGGCCUGGGAUCGAGAAUGGUGCUUAGUGCAUCUCGGGACUGGACAAGCAUUAAGCCAGAAGCGGUACCCAAGGAUGGCUCUCAUCAAGCCAUCCCUGGAUCUGGUGCAAGGCAAGCUGAAUAUCACUUAUGUGUGUCCUAAAAGCCCUAACGAUGUCCGAGUUUUGUCGGUACCGCUUUCGACGGAUGCGACUGCAUUCAAGACAAUCACUCCUGGCUGCGCUGCAUCCUCUCGCGUGUGUGGGGAGAAUGUCCUGGCGCGGAUCUACGCCGCAGACGAGAUCAAUGAUUUCUUCUCUGGAAUUUUGGAGACGCCAUGCGCUCUUGCACGCUUUCCUGCCGGCGGCGCUGGUCAAAGCAUGCGCCAUGCAAAAGCUCAUCUACAAAAGCAUCAACGAUCAACUGCCCCCAAGGCUGCUUCUCAAGCAGGCGUGGACACACCUCCGGAUUCGGAUAACGAAGUUGACAAGCCAAAAAUACUUCUCUCCAACGAAAGUCCGAUCCUCGCCAUCAGCCUGAAGAGCUUGGACGCCUUGAACAGCGAGAUCGUGCGCAGUGGCAGGGGUUCGCCGGUAUCAGCUGAAGUCUUCCGGGCCAACGUAGUGAUUGGGCACAGCAGUAGCGACAAAACAUCGUUCCUCCCUGCCUAUGAUGAAGACCACUGGUCGACCAUUGCCAUCGGCUCACACCGCUUUCGAAUGAUGGGAUCCUGCCGGAGGUGUCACAUGGUCUGCAUCAAUCAAAGUACAGCGGAGAAGACUGACGAGCCAUUCAUCACACUAACAAAAACGCGCAAGUUUGACGGCAAAGUGUUUUUCGGGACGCACAUGUGCUGGACGCCGAGGCGUAUGGACGACCCUCUACCCGCAAGGAUACAGGUCGGUGAGGCGGUCAUCGUAGAUCCAUGAUGGGGAUGACUUUCAUGUAAAUAUCACUGUUACUCACUGCCAUGAACUGUCACCCAAGAGAUAGCAAGCGAUUCGAGAAGAUUAAUCAUCAUGGCCUCAUCAUCAAUGUCACGAUCGACCAGCCC